AUGCUUUCUCGUCUUGCUACCACAUCGGUCGGACUCUCUCGUUCAGCAACCGGAAUUCUUGCUUCACAAUCUCGUCAAAUCUCAUUUGACUUGAGCGACACCCAGAAGGAAAUCCAAGCUGCUGCUCUGAAGUUCUCGAAGGAUGUGCUCGUUCCAAACGCAGCCAAGUUCGACGAGAGCGGAGAGUUCCCAUGGGAGAUUGUCCGUCAAGCUCACAGCCUUGGACUCAUGAACCCACAAAUCCCAGAGAAGUACGGUGGACCAGGAAUGACCACCCUUGAGACUGCUCUCAUUGUCGAGGCUCUUUCCUACGGAUGCACUGGACUUCAACUCGGUAUCAUGGGACCAUCUCUUGCCAUCGCUCCAGUCUAUAUUGCUGGUAACGAGGAGCAAAAGAAGAAGUACCUCGGAGCUCUUGCGGCCGAGCCAAUCAUCGCCUCGUAUUGUGUCACGGAACCAGGAGCUGGAUCAGAUGUCAAUGGGGUGAAGACCAAGUGUGAGAAGAAGGGGAAUGAGUACAUCAUCAACGGUUCGAAGGCUUGGAUCACUGGAGGAGGACACGCCAAAUGGUUCUUUGUGCUUGCCCGCUCCGACUCUGACCCGAAAACUCCAGCUGGAAAGGCUUUCACCGCUUUCAUUGUUGAUGGAGACACUCCAGGAAUCUCUCGUGGAAAGAAGGAAAAGAAUAUGGGACAAAGAUGUUCGGACACCCGAACCAUCACAUUCGAGGAUGUCCGUGUGCCAGCUGAGAAUGUGUUGGGAGCUCCAGGAGCUGGAUUCAAGGUGGCUAUGGGUGCCUUCGACAUGACCAGACCUGGAGUCGCCGCCGGAGCACUUGGACUCUCCUGGAGAUGUUUGGACGAGUCUGCCAAGUACGCUUUGCAGAGAAAGGCUUUCGGAACUGAGAUUGCUAAUCACCAAGCCGUCCAGUUCAUGCUCGCUGACAUGGCCGUCAACUUGGAGCUUGCCCGUCUCAUCACCUACAAAUCUGCCACCGACGUCGACAACAAGGUCCGCUCCUCGUACAACGCCUCGAUUGCCAAGUGCUUCGCUGCUGACACUGCCAACCAAGCUGCCACCAACGCCGUUCAGAUCUUCGGAGGAAACGGCUUCAAUUCGGAGUAUCCAGUGGAGAAGUUGAUGCGUGACGCCAAGAUCUACCAGAUCUACGAGGGAACCUCUCAAAUCCAACGUAUCGUCAUCUCACGUAUGCUUCUCGGACACUUUGCCCAAAACGGAACUAGCAGAAUUUAA